AUGAAGAUCCGUACGUUUUUUCAUGGUUCCGAAUCGGCUAUGGUGAAUCCACAAUCCACGAGAUGCUCAACCAGUUUUAGCGGUCCUAUUAACAAGAAAACUGCUCUUCAACGUGUUUUCAAGAUCGCCAUCCCUGAAUGGACUAAAGUAGACCUCAAAAUUAACUACUUGGACAAUGCUUGGGGAAAGCUAAAGCCAGCUAUAAGAAGCAUCUUCCUCGAUGAGCCACAAUGUUUCAUCAGCAUUGAUAUAUUCAACGCUGUUCAUCUCGCAUGGAAGGAUUCAAAGGUAGGAGCAACCCUUUACGAUAUGAUUCUGGAGGAGUGUGGGACAUUCAUCUCUGCAGACCUACAGUCUUUAGAAGGGAAAUGCAAUGAUGAUCCCUCCGUUUUCUUGCCACUCAUGGAGAAAUGUUAGCUGGAUAAUUGCCGCAAGAUGGAGUAUCUCUGCACUUUGGCCGGAAGUGAAGCUCAUCAGAGAGUCCGGGAAAGUUCGUUUUGGGAGUUGGGUCUUGAGCUUUUCCCCACACGUCUCUGCUUGGCCUCUCAACUUUGUGACAAGGUUCUUUCCAACAUUGUAGUACUCAUUAGAGAUCAAAGAUCAGGCAAAUCUGUUGACGUGAGCCUGCUAAAGAAUAUUAUGGCUAUGUUUAGAGGGGAUUUUUUCUAUGCGACUCGUUUCUUUGAGAAGCCUUUUGUUGAGUGUGCGGCUGAAUUUUACGCUGCGGAAGCUGUGCAGUCCUGGCAAUCCGACCUUCCACAGUACUUGAAGUAUGCCGAGCGAAGGUUGUGUGAGGAGAAGGAAAAAUGCCACACCCUCUACUUUUUUAGAGUGUUCGAGGAUGAGCUGCUUAAUGUUGUAGAGAGGGAACUCUUGGGUGCUCGUGCUUCUGCCAUUGUUGAAAAGGGUUUUGAGGAGAUGAUGGAUAAGAGAUUCAGGGAGGACCUUCAUAGGAUGUAUGAUCUGUUCUCUGAGACGAAUUUAUUGGGUCAUAUCAACAAUGCUUUGAGCUGCUACAUUUUGAAAACCGGAAAGAAGGUCUUAGCGGAAGGCUCAUCACUGCAAGAGUUCAAGGAUUCUGUUGAUCGGAUAUGCAUUUCCCACUUCUGUGAAGAUGUUGUGUUGGAGAAGACUGUCGAACAGUGUUUCAAGGAUCUUGGUUUGACUUGGAAGUCUAAGAUGAAGGGUCUUCAAGAAGUUGUUGGUGGUAGAAGAAGCAAGAGAAAGGACAUUUACAAUAUUUUACGAUUUGAUCAGAGUUAA